GGGGCAGGAACAGAGAGGGUCAGAGACACUGAGAGAGGGUUCGGUUAGUUCCACGAGGAAGGAACAUCAGAACCUGUGUUCCUGAGUUCACCUCUAGAAACAUUUUCCAGGGGAAAUAACCAAGGCAGACUGAGAGACACAAAAAGGAAGUACAAGUAAAGGAACAUGAAAGAAAUCAUCAUUAAACGCACUUGAAGUUCUCUCCUCUUCUUCCUCUUCCUCACACCUCUCUCCAAUUUACUCUUAAACCCACUUCAACGACCCCUGAGGGACCACUCUCUCUGUUUCAAGAGGGAGGCAGAAACGGAAGAGUCCAUUCCUCCUGAUUUCCACCCAAGUGGGAGUAAAACCAGGACUCCACUCUUUCUUUCUAUUCCUCCUUUAAUCCCUUAUUCCUCACUCCCCUGUCCAUUAUGACGUUGCUCGCCUCUGAGAGGUCACUUCUCAUCCGGAACAAAUUCCGCUCAGUCUUGCAGUUAAGGAUUCAGAACCGAAAGCAAAAUGAAAUUGACUCUGGGUUGAAAUCUACAUGUCCCACUCACAAAGGAGAGAAAGACCAGAGUAAAGCUCUGCGUCUGACUGACGAUGGUUCGAUUCAGAAGUCGCCCCCUUGUGGUCUGAAUGCUGAAACUGCAAAAGACAGGAGUGUGUGUGUGGCCGUUAGGCCAAAAAAGGCUCGGGUGGCUGACAACACUUGUGUGAAUAUCCAGCGUCGACCAGGACCCCUGGAGCAACCGCACACACACAUACUACCUCCGGAGAACCGCCCAGUCUCCCACUCUCUCUCAUCAGAUAUCUUUGAAGAUGAUGUCUCUUCUUGCCCCUCCUCCUUGUCUCCUGAGCAACUCGGGGUCGUCCAAUCACCCGCCCUCUCUUUGUCGCCGGGGCUGUCAAGCGACCAAUCACUGAGUGACUUGUCGCCUGGCCCCUCGCCCCCAACCCAGAGUCCCUCCCAUACUCAGCCUGGAUUGGCGAUGCUCCCGGCAAUCAAGGGCAUCAACCAGGCAAUGAGCAUGACUGUGGGCGACUCCAACUCCAUGGGAAUGGCCGGGAGACCAAAAGGGGUGUAUUUGACCUCCCAGGCCACACCCCUUCUGCCAAAGACAGCCCGGCCUCCCACGCCUCCCGACACCUCUUUGUUUCUCCUAAACUCCCUGACCCCCUCUCGUCCUCCUCGCCCGCGGAAACCACGGGAUUCCAAGCCCAAGAUGAGGAAACUAAAAUACCACCAGUACAUUCCCCCCGACCAGAGAAGCACGACUGGGAGUGCUGGGGGAGUGGCCAGUCAGAGGAGCCCCGCCCCAGCCCAGCCCAUAGACCCUGCCUACUCCCACCUCCUGCAGCAACAGCAGGUGUUCCUCCAGCUGCAGAUCCUCCAGAACCAACAAGACCAGGACCAGCAGCAACAACAGCAGGACCAGCAGCAAAAUCAUCCGCAGCUUACUGUCGCACCCAGUGGAGACACCAACCAAGUCGUGAGGUUCUCUGGAGACACAAUCCAGAACUCUCAGCCUGUUCUCAUGGCAACAAACCACACCCCGAAGGACAUAAGUCCCUCACACAAGUCUGAGCUCCUCCCACCUAACCUGGUUGACCUCACGGUGUCUGAAUUGCGACAGCAGCUGCGUAAGAGAGGUCUCCCCGUCUCGGGCACCAAGCCUGCCCUCCUUCAGCGCCUCCGUCCCUUCCAGCUGCCGCGUUCCUGCUUGGCCCCCACGCCCCUCUGCCAGCCAGGUACCAGCUUGGAGCCCCUCCCCCCCAGCCCACUGCUCACCCCCAACCACAACCCCAACUCCAGCCCCUGCUCUGGGCCUGACCCUCCUACCAACCCUAACCACCAGGUGUACAUACAGUCCACAGGGAUUCUGAGUGGGGUUCAAAAUGAAAUUCUUAACGGCAUUCUUAAUGGUGGUCCUAAUGGAACACUCAAAGGAAUGGCGGUCAGUGUGGUGGGCGAGCAGCCUGCCUUCCUGGCCCCUGCAUUAGCUCGGUCGACAAGCCCAAGCCCUGGCCUCUCCCCCUGCUCCUUCUCGCCCCUGUCAACUGGCACCCCCUGGCGGUCAGAACAGGAGCUGCAGGAGAUGAGCUUGGAGCUAGAGAUGAGGGAGAGGAUAAGGAGCAGGCCCAAGGACAGGGUAUCUCCUCCUCUCUCCAAGUCGUGUGGAGUUUCCCUCCAUCCCUUCCUGCAACAGGAUCCAGGAUGUCCCAGAGGGAAAUCAGAGACGAACGGACAGACAGAGAUCCUGUUCACACAGGUAUUCUGCUGUCAGCCGUGUGACGUGAUUGGCCAGGACUUUGAACUGCCAAUGCAGAUCACAGCCAGUCCCGAACAAGCCCCGCCCAGUGUCCGCAGUCUGGAAGAGGAGCUGCAAGACGCCAUUAACAAAGUACAGAUGGACCCCAGUCAAUCCAUAGAUGACAUUCUUGAUGAAUCAAUAAUCUGUAUGGAUACUCGCUCCCUGUCUGUCACAGAGCUACAGUCCCCAGGCCUCCCAGGCCCUUCCCCUCCUCCUCAAACAGACCAAUCCCAAACCUCCUGUUGUCAUUCAAAUAAUGACAACUUCCUGUCCUCUCCUCUUUGCUCUUCCCUCCUGCUGGAGCUCCCACCGUCGCCUUCCAUAAUGGUUCCCCGUCAGCUGGCCCCACCCCCACCUCCCCCUCCCUCCAUCUGUACAUCCCCCCCGCCCCCCACUGUGACUGCACGGAAGAGGCGAGCCCCGGCAAAAUUUGACCCUGCUGAUUGGUUGGAGGCGUUGACCUCUGGACUCCACCCUCUCAGUCCUCCAUCUGCCCCAUUUGUUGAGAACGACUUUGGCCUCGAUUCGGACCUGAACGUCUUCCGAGAGUUGGACCUCAUGGUGGAGCAGUGGUGAAGGUUUCUGUGUGAGGGUGUGUAUAUGUUUGUGGGAACAGAUCUGUAAAUCCCCUCUGUUCACUUCAGUAAGUGAACAGUCUGUUUGAGAGAGGCGGCUGUGGGUCUGCACUCCACGCAAUGUCGAGAGACUGACAACACGGCAGUGGAACUGAUGAAUACAGACGGAACGUCACCGGUGGUACAGUUAACUGGAAGAGAGAAACCCAUACAACACACCCAAACACAAUCCCUUGGGUCCUGUUAAAUCACAAACAGGUAAAAAAAAAAAAAAACUACGACAAACAGAGCAUAUUUGCAGUCAGGCCACUUACGACACAUUGCUUACAGUUAGA